AUGGAUGUAUCUGGAAAAAUUAUUGCUGACACGCAGAAGAUUCCGAUAUUAUACUGCCUUCCAUGUGAUCAAGAUGGUUUGAAAGUACCGGCAUAUGGAUAUUGUCAAGACUGCAAGGAACACCUCUGCCAAAAUUGUUUUGAAAAUCAUAAAAGGCCAAAGCCAUGUAGAAAUCACAUUUUGCUUGAUAAAGACGCCAUGCCAACACAACAAACGACCGUUAAUAAAAGUGGUGACGAACUUUUCGAAAACUGCUCCAAGCAUACGGAUAAACCACUGGAAUUCCAUUGUAACACUCACAAAACCGUGGCAUGCUAUGUCUGUGUUACACUUGAACACAAACAAUGUAAAGUUGACUAUAUUCCUGAGAUUUCAGGAAACGUAUCUGGCGAAUGGAUACAAUUGAACAAAACAAUGGAAGUGUUGGUCAAGAAAUGUGAAAAUAACAUUAUGGAGGCUGCCGUUGCUGCUAAACAACUAGAACAAAGUGAGAAAAAAUUUGUUGAAGACAUAAGGCUCUUUAGGGAGGAAAUAAACGAUCGUCUAGAUCAGAUGGAACUAAUGAUGAUGACAGAAGCUGAAGCUGUUGUUAACACAGCAAACAACAAACUCGAGAAUAUCCAGGUUGUUUGCGAAAAAAUAGCCGAGGAGGUGAAACGUUCACAGUCAUUUCUUCAAGCCCUGAAGGAAGCAAACAAGCAUAAUAAGCUUUUCAUUGAAUUGAAAAAUGUCAGACCUCGUGUGAUGACUCUGAAAAGGGAGGAAUUUCGGGCUGUUCAAGAUAACAUGACAUAUGACGACAUUCAAUUCGAUCGGAACGAAAGGCUACUUGAUCAACUGAAACAAGAGAAAAUCUUAGGAAAAAUUUCAACAUACGGCAAACCAUCAGCAGAUAAUAAAUUAUAUUUGAAGUAUGAGAGAUCAUUCAACGUGACUUUUCCUUCUGAUGAAAAGAAAAGUAAUGUGUCUGGGGCUGUUAUGAUUUCUGUCACUCAUCUGAUCGUCAGUGAUCAUGGCAAUAGGAAAAUUAAGACGAUAGAUGUAGACACAGGAACGCUGGUGUCAGAUAAAAACCUGUCUUCAGGUCCAAAUGAUUUGGUUAUACUUCCACACAAUAAACUUGCUGUUGCAUUACCUGAUGAAAAAUGUAUACAGGUCAUGUCUUAUACUGAUACAAGUUUGUCUCCAGAUCGUCGUAUAAAUGUCGAAGAAAAGUGUUUUUGCCUAGCUUAUUGUCAGGACAAGCUAGUGGUAGGUUGUAAUUGCAAUCCAGGAAAGCUGGUUAUUCUGGAUUUGGACGGGAAUAUGAUACAUGUGUUAGAUACUCCUGGAUUGUUUGACGGACCUCAAAAGAUUGUAAUCAGCAGUGAUGAGAAAUCCAUGUUUGUAUCUGAUUACUCUAAAGGUAGUGGCAAGUGCAUGGAAAUAGGAUGGCAAGGUAAUGUUGUACAACAAUUUCGGGAUGACACAUAUUUUAGACCUGAAGGAAUACAGAAGCUCGAAGAUAGUACGUUGUUAAUUUUCACUGGUUACAGAAUUAUCAGGUUGUCGAGAAGCUUUAAGAAAUGUGAGUACACGGGAUUAAAGAAUAUGACCCUUUUCGGCCCACACUAUGUAGCAUACAGUGGAAGUAAUCGCAAAUUAUAUGUAAGCUGUUCUUCUCCGCAGAAGGUAAUAGAAAAGGAUACAAUAAGUGUAAUCAAUGUGAAAUGGAGUUGUUGA